GCUCCGAACAGGUACCACAUCAUCAUGUUCAACGGUAGCAGCCGUUUCUCGGUGGAGAAGCGUCCGGAAAGCUACGACAAGUACGAGUUCACUCUACCGGAGCUGUAUCGGAAGCUGGCGAAGGAGGAGCUCCGUGAGGACGAUGAAAUUCGUGAGCAAUCGCUGGUGCAGAUGAGGGAAUGGAUCGCCAAGCAUCCGUACAUCCGCAAGUGUCGCACGGACUCGUCGUUUCUGUUGCGUUUCCUGCGCUUCCGCAAGUACUCGGUACCGAUGGCGUGUGAAGCCCUGGAACGUUACCUAGCCAUGCGACAGACGUUCCCUCAGUGGUUCAAGAAUCUGGACUGUAACGAGCCAGCGCUGCGCCAGAUGCUGGAGGAUGGUGUGUUCGUGCGCCUCGGUACCGACGAAACCGGGCGUCUGGUAAUUCACUUUCGAUUCCCGCGGUUCGAUGUCGAAAAGUUUAGUGCCGUGCAGGAGGGGCGAUUCACCGCGCUGCUUAUCGAGCUGUUGCUCGAGUGGGAGGAGAUGCAAAUCGGUGGAGUGCGUGUGGUGGUUGAUUUUAGAGGAGCAAUAAUGAAGCAUUUCGGUAUUUGGGGCGUUUCGGAUAUGAAGAUCUUCAUGGACGCGAUCAAUCGCUCGUACCCGUUGCGAUUGCGCCAGGUGCAUGGUGUAAAGUUCCCGAAAUUUGCCGUCCCCAUCGUGAACCUGUUGUUGUCGUUCGCGAGCCCGAAGCUGCGAGACCGCAUAACGUGUCACGAAAGCGUCGAGAGCAUGGCCGAAAACUUUGAACCGUCGUUGCUAUUGACGGAAUGCGGUGGGCAUGCCGACGCUAAGAGGCUGGAGGCUGAUUUCCUGAAACAUGUCGAGGCACGGCGAGACGUCAUACUGGCGCUUGACGAAAUGGACAUCGACACGCAGCGCUACUCAUCAUUGUGGGCAUCUAGCAGCAACGAGGAACAUGAGGUGGAUGCUGGUGUGGCGGGAAGCUUCCGAAAGUUGGCUGUCGAUUGAUGAAUGGUAAAGGUGUGAUUUACACAAACUGUAGCCGUUUGAUGCUUGAUCAAUAGACAAUGUGAUUGUAAUCUUUCCUUUUCCGUCCAUUCGAUAAAAAUCUUUUCGAAGCUUAAACGAUAGAAAUUGCGUGCACCCUAGGCAUUUGAGCCUCAUGUAGCACAUACACCCUUAUCUCUACAUCCGGCGGUGGUGGUGCUAUCGAUCGUGUCAGGCGAUUCCACCGGGUAGCAACUCCAGCACAAUUGAACAAUGAGAUAAUUAUCGGCUAUCCAGUUACAUCCAGAUAAUUGCCUACCACAUUCGCACUCGUAAGGCGCGAGAUAAUGAAAUCCAUUCUUACUCCCAUGGCACUGCAUUCAGGGAUUGGCGUGGCCCGUCUGAAGCGCAGAUUUGAGUUUAAUUCUUUUAUGGUUUUAUUGGGUGUGAAAUUAAAAAUCGUAAAUAAGGUCAACCGGCUAUGCAAACGGGGCUCUUAGCGACAGUUGAUUUGCACUUCUUCUAUCGCUCAUCGUUCAUUUUUUG